AACACCCGAGUGACUUUAGGACCCAGUGAGAGACACCCGAGGGGCGCGGCAAUAUUUUUUAAUCUGACCACAGAACCUGUUGGUUUACUCUAGCUUCCACAAAGACAGUUCACACGUUCCCUCACAGUAGUUCCUUGAUGUGACAGUUGCAAUAGAGAAGUGCUCCGUGCAGCAGCAACAGCAGCAGCGCCGUGGCCCCCGAACCCGAGGCUCGGCGGCCUUAAUCCGUGACCCCUGGGGUGAGGACCUCUGUGUCCUGACAUGCCUUUGAAAGCUGCCCUAUUGCAGGCAGUGUGGAACCAGCCAUGGAGCAGGCCGUGAUACUGAGGAACCUCCUGGUCCAGCUGGAGAAACAGGAGGCCGUGCAGGAUCCUAAUGGCGUUGGUGGGGAGUUUGCGAGGUUGAAGAGCCUGUCCAAUAAGUACCGCACCGACAAGACCUACCCCUCCAAGACUGCAGAGAAACAAGAGAACAACAAGAAGAACCGAUACAAAGACAUCGUUCCCUUUGACCACACCAGAGUAAAGCUCACUCUCGCCACGGCAAAAAAUGACAGCGAGUACAUCAACGCUAGUUUCAUCACGGGAGUGUCAGGAUCCAGGGCCUACAUUGCUACCCAGGGUCCUCUGCCACACACAGUACUGGACUUCUUGAGGAUGCUUUGGGAGUACAACGUCAAGGUUGUGAUAAUGGCCUGUCGAGAAUUCGAGAUGGGAAAGAAAAAGUGCGAGCGCUACUGGCCGCAGGAACAAGAGCAGCCAUUUUUUUGUGAGCCUUUCACUGUUCACUGUGAUUCUGAGGAAAACAAAGGGGAUUAUAUGACAAGGACGUUACGGGUGACAUAUCGUGAUUGUAGCCGAACUUUGAAACAGCUGCACUAUUUCAACUGGCCAGAUCACGGUGUGCCAGACUCCAUUCCUCCCAUCCUGGACAUGUUGGAUGAGAUGCGUUCCUAUCAACCCCAUGACGACGUCCCCUUUUGCAUCCACUGCAGUGCUGGCUGCGGUAGAACAGGAGUCCUUUGUGUCAUUGAUUAUACCUGGAACCUCCUGAAGAAACGGAUGGUCACUCCAGGUUUCAACAUCUAUGACUUGGUUCAAAACAUGAGAACCCAGAGGCCCUCUGUGGUUCAAACCAAGGAACAAUAUGAGCUGGUGUACAGAACCAUCAAGAUGCUGUUUGAAAGAUAUUUGCAGUUCAUGGACACGGAGACCUGCAGAAAUGAGGUGGCGACAGUCCCAUCCGCCAUCACCACUAAUAUUGAAACCAAGCGCUGUGACUUGAGCGAGUCGGAUCUGCGGCCACAAUUCCAGCACCUCCUUGAUGAGGAGAGGGACGUCUUGUACCACACUCCCUUGCCUUCCGCUUCGGAAAAUCACAUCGCCUCGAGAGCUAAAGACUUGCUGAGGGACCAGGAACAAUGGCACCUACUCCGAACACUUCCCGGGGCUCUGACCGCCCCCCAGGCCCCGCAGGAGGGGCCGAAGACCUCACUGACACAAGUGCACAACAGCCGCACAGCCUCCGCGGGAGAGGAGAGGAUAGAGGAAAGCGAGGCCACACUAUCAGUGAGCCCUCCAACUGUUCCGUCUGUGACGGCGGCCAUUUGCCUGAUGGUGGAGGACCCUUACUUUGACACGCCGACGAGCUCCCCUUCACCAGAGGAAGCGGUCAUUGAAUCGGACGAAGACGCAACGCAAUGGGCAGUAAGCCCCAUCUUCAGCGUGCCCUCACUGUGUCUCAAUGAACAGACUCUGGAGCUUAACUCUCCUGCCUCAGCAGGUACUGUUGAAGUUGACAUAAAUGGGGAGGUGGCACCUCCCCUACCUCAACGAACCCCUGAAUCCUAUGUAAUUGCAGUGCAUUCAGGUGCCUUUGACCAGUUAACAGUCAUCAUUCCACCCAAUGCUGCUGCUGAGGCUGUUAGGGAGCUGGGAAGCAACCCCCCCUCGCCUGCCCCCCCACUUCCUGAGAGAACCCCCGCAUCAUUUGAGUUGCCCGUUGAUCAAGCUCCCGUGAAGCAGAAUUCAGCCGUCAGGCCGGCAGAGAUGCUGAACAGAAUAGGAAGGUCUUCAGAAUGGUCUGGCGACACAAAGCCAGCUGCCACUUCACCUCAGAGUGAGCUGAAACCAUGGAAGAGGAGUGUGAGUCUCAAACCAAAAAUGACCGUCACAGUUGCGGCAAGACAUUCUGAUCUUGCAUCAAAUACAACUUCCACAAACAUCCACGCUUCCCCCCCACGUCCGGAGCCACUGAUUCCUCUGCUGCUUUCUCAAAGGUGUGCAGCCGAGGAGAGCCCGACUCCUCCUCUUCCUGACAGAACCCCCGAGUCCUUCAUCCUCCCCGCAAAGGAGAUUCAGGAGAAAACAGCCCCCUGCCUGUCGCCCUUGGAUGCAACGGGGCCUUUCCCGAGGGCAGGCUUUUCCUUCGAGUGGGAUGGCACCGAUCAGCCUGACAAGUUCCGCCACGUAGUUAUGAACAGAAGCAAGAGUGUUCGAGCUAACUCCUUCAGAUCAGAGCCCCUCACUGAGUUUCGGCAGCCUGCUCCACCUCCUGUGGUUGUGGCCGGAGCAGGAAGUGCAGCAGAGGGGCAGCAUGAUUCGAACCACAGCGCCUCCGUGAACGCUGAGACAGCAGGAAACAACUCGGACAAAGGCAACGAGAAGGGCAUGACUCGGACGAGGAGUCUGAAAUUUUUUAGAAACAAACCAAGACCCAAAGUUGAGCCUCCACCGCCUCCCACUCAACCUGGAACACAACCUGUAUCGCAUGGUCUCUCAUUUACGUUGUUCAAGUUUGGUUUUGGGAACCGUUUCGGGAAGCCAAAAGGCCCGAGGAGUUAUCCGGAGACCUGGCAUUGAUAUUUAGUCACCCAUCUCGAAAAAUAUCAAAACUGCACCUGCUCUUGUAAUGGCGUUCAACGCGACGCAUCGCAACCGCUUAAAGGACGCGUACUCAAUGCGCUGAAGAAAGCUUACCUUUGUGUUGCACAGUAGCACCCUCAGCAGCCGAGAACAGGAAGCAUCUGGUCUUCAGCUAUGAUGCACUUUGUACUACUCGUCAACAAGGUAGAUUCUUUUUGUAUCGUUGAGCAUCGCGCAACAUGGACAGAAACUCGGCCCGAUGACUUGGAUGUUGACUCAUAAACUUGAGUAAAUUUGACGCUGCUUGUUGUGACGCUUAAAGCAACGCUGUUAAACUAGAAUAUGUGAAUAUAAAAGUUAUGUGUGCAUUGGUUCUUCUGUCAUGAAAUGUGAAUAACGUUAAAUGGUUCAUUCUCACGUUUUCUAUUAUACAGACAACAAACUAAAUAUCUAUCAGUGUUUCCCGAUUGCCAAUCAGUUUUAUUUUUCUGCAAUUAUUUUCGCAUCUGUCUGUAGUUUUUGAAAUUAAUUUUAAAGCAGCGUCGAUAGCUUAAAAGGUGCAGUGAAUGGGAUGUAUCCUGACUAUGCAUAUGGUGUAACUGUACAGUUAAUUUUGGUUUCAAACAAAAUUAUUUAUUAAAAAAAAUAUAGAAAGUC